AUGGCCAGUCUCAUGGGCAGUGACGUCACUCCCAGCGGACUCAGAUUUCAGUUCAACGAUCGCAUUCGGCCUGUUGGCAAUCGAAUGGUGGAGAUGAGAGCCGCUGGAGAGGACGCGAAGCAUCUCAACCUGGACGGCCUGUACAGCGCCAAGGGCAGCAAGAGGGCCACGGAGACUGCUCGUGUCUUCGGCACUGAUGCCACCCCCAAGGCCAUCACCCAUCAAGUCGCUGCCAUGAAGCUUCUCGGCAAGAAGCAGGUCGAGAUGUUAGCUAGUGAAAUCAGUAACUACUUCGGAAGCGACAGCACCGGAGGCGGCAUUGGCUUCCAGUUCCGCGCCAUCAAACAUUAUGCCAAGCUUCAGAAGGAGUGUUUCGAUGCCGGCCUCGAUCCUUUGACCCUAAACAUUGGAGCAGGCGGCGUCACCAGUGGUGGCAAAAACAGCUUUCUGGAGAUGGCCCGAGUUAUGGGUAGCGAUACCACCGGUCACCAGCUGGAGUGGCAGUUCCUCCGCUUCAAGGCUGGUGCGCGCAGCCAGAUGUUCUAUCCUGGCUCUGGCAGAGAUCCCAAGAAUGCGCCAGGUGGCUUCAAUCCCUUUGGGGUCAUCCAGUGCAGCAUCCACGAUGAUCCUCAUACAAUGGCAGUUCUCCUUCACGAUGGAACGACUGCUGCGGCAAUCGAGCAUCAGUUUCGGCCUCUGAGAAAGGGUGCCGAUGCUAUGAAAGCUGCAAUGGCUGUCCGACUCAACGACGGCACCUCAGAGUACGCUCUGCAGCAUGCCUUCAGACCCAUCAAGAAGCAAGCUGCGGCUAUGAACGCUGGUAGCCUUAUCUCUACACACAAUCUACACGCGGCUCGACCUCCAGUUCCUACCACACCGUUUCCUUGGGUCGAUUUUUCUUACCGUCAUCCCCGUCAACAACAACCGUCAUCUGAUCCAGAAGAAACAUUUGCUAACGGGUGUAUUCUGAUAGCUGUCGCUGGUGAGGACGGCGGUUCCGCUCGCAAGACCCCAUCCAAGCCCCGCACUCCUGCCAAGAAGUCAGCAAAGAGCAUGAAGUUGGACAACGAUGAUGAUGAGGACGAUGAGGAGGAGGUUGAGACCCCCACUAAGAAGUCUGCUUUGCACAAGACCAAGGGUGGCCGAGUCCAGAAGAAAUCAACUCCCAAGCGUGCUGCCGCCGCCAAGGCUCCGCGUUAUGCCGAGUCGGAGGACGAUUUUGAGGAGGACAAGGAAGUCGAUGAGCGUGUCGUCAAGGAUGAGAUCGUGAAGGAUGAUGACGACAUGUACGGCGUCGAAUCCCCUACAAACAAGGACAACGGCAACACCUAUCACGAGGAUGGUGGUGACGACGAGAAUGAGACUGAAUUCAACGACGCUCUCGAAGUCUAG